AUUUAUUCAAAUGUGGUUACGUAAAUUGUUUCAACUCAUUUAAUAGUUUAUCAGCACUCAAAAAACAUUUAAUAAACUUUCAUAUUCACUGUAACAAUUCGUUAUCAACCGAAAAUACAAUCUUUGACAAAUCUGGGGACACAAUUGGACACUUUAGUCCAAUAGAUGAAAUUAGCAUAGAACAUAAUAUUUCGAACACAAAUUCACAAGUAUUUUCUAAUGAUGCAAAAAAUAUUGUUAAAGAGGCCGAAAUGAGGUGUCUGCUAUUUGUGACUAAACUGUAUAAUAACAACACUGUAAAUAGAUCUGUCAUUCAAGAUGUUAUUGAUAAUACUUCGGAAUUACUUAACUCCAUAUUUUCCAAGAUCAAAUCACAACUUAAUUUACCUGAAACAUCUGGUUCUAAUUGCAAUGAAUUGAGCAUUUUAUUAUCAAAAGAUUUGUUUGAAACAUGCAACUCAGAGCACAAGCGGUUUAAAAUUCUAGAAGAAUUAGGGUAUUUUAUUAGACCAAAAAGUUUUUUUAUUGGAAAUAUGCUUAACACAACUACAACUUCAAAUAAUACCAUUGUAGAACAUAAGCCCUGUGAAGAGCAAAUUAUACCGCUAAGGAAAAUACUUAAAAAAGUUUUGGAAAUGCCAAAUAUUUUAAGUCGCAUGUUAAAUUUUAUCGCAGAAGAAGAAAUAAAGGAAGAAGAAAUUUCUAGUUUAUUUAAUAGUGAUUGGUGGAAAACAGUAAAACAGAAAUAUAGUGGAAAAUUGGUUUUGCCAUUAUAUAUUUAUUUCGAUGAAUUCGAAACAGGAAAUCCACUUGGUACACAAGCUGGGGUUCACAAAUUAGGGGGAGUUUACUUUUCUUUUGCUGCAACACCUCCAAAGUAUUCUUCAAGAAUAGAAAAUAUUUUCUUGUGGGGACUUUUUUUUUCCUCUGAUAGAGUAGUGUUUUCGAAUAAGAAUGUUUUUCAACCAUUCAUUAAUGAGUUAAAGUACUUGGAAUUUGAAGGAGUUGUAGUUAAAGGUAAACGAAUAUUUUUUAUUGCGCCACUUUUACUGGGUGACAAUCUUGGAAUAAAUUCAAUAACGGGCAUGACUGAAAGUUUUUCGUCCAUUUAUUUCUGUCGAUCCUGCACGGCACCAAAGCAAUUAACACAAAAUAUGAUUUCUGAAAACAGAAACCUUUUAAGAAAAAAAAACGAAUAUCAUAUUUAUUUGCGAGAAAAAAUAUUUGGGGUUAAGGAGGCUUGUGUGUGGAACGAAUUGCCCUACUUUCAUAACACUGAAAAUAUUCAUUUUGACAUCAUGCAUGAUAUAUACGAAGGCAUUUGCAGGUACGACUUUGGAAAAAUUUUAAAGUAUUUUAUUUAUGAAAAAAAGUAUUUUAGCCUAGAAACAUUAAAUAAUCGCAUCAAGCAGUUCGAUUACACUGAAGCAGAUAUUGGCAAUAAAUUUCCUCCAAUUACUUUAAAUCAAGUAGAAAAAGAAAUGAUUAUAAUGUCUUCUUCUGAAAUGCAUGCUUUUGUUACCUAUUUUGGAAUGUUGGUUUAUGACCUCAUAGAGCCUUCAGAUCAAGUCUGGGAACUUUAUUUAUUGCUAUUCAACAUUACUAACUUAGUGUCAAAUGGCUCCUUUAGUGAAGAUGAACUAAUUUAUUUAAAUAAUAUGAUAAGUGAACAUCAUAAAUUAUACGUCUCAGAAUUUAAAAGCCAUUUGACUCCCAAAUAUCACUUCCUACUUCAUUACUCAAGAACCAUGAAAAAAUUUGGCCCCUUAUCACGCCUUUCAUCAAUUCGAUAUGAGGCCUUUCAUAAAAUCAGUAAAUCGAACGCAAAUGUAGUCUCUUCGAGGCGAAAUAUCCCGCUGACUCUUAGUAUUAAACAUCAGUUACGAUUAGCACACCGUUUGAUUUCAAAUAAAGGCUUUUUGGAUAAUAUAGCUUUAGGCACUCUUUCUACCUUUGAAAAAGAAGAAUUCCCAUUUUCUUGUAAUUUAUCACAAUUUAAAAAUACUUUUGUUGUAAGUUGGAUCAGGGUCAAUGGCAACCUUUUUAAGCCAGGUUUUAUUAUACAAGUGGGUCAAAAUACCAAUUUAGAGCCUAAAUUUGGUAGAAUAAAAAAUAUUUUAUAUAAUAGUGAUGAAAAUAUCAAAUUUAUUUAUGAAAAGUUACUCUGUUGUGGAAUUAACAAACAACUAGAGGCGUAUGAAAUAAUUGAACGCUCAAAAACUAUGUGUGAUAUUAUAGAUCUCAAAAAUAUUUUUCACAUCCCCACUAGCAUUCACGCUACUGGGGAUGGUUGCAAAUAUGUUACUGCUAUGAACCAAGAAUAGGUUGUGAAUUUAGAGACUGGUUAUUUUAAAGCAAUAUGCUGAAGUUAAUAUAUUCCUAAUAUGCAGGGUGCUGCAAAUAAAGUUUGAAUCCUCGAUUAGAAUUAACACCUGAUUUGUCUGCUUGGUUUAACCUGAUGAUAGUGUUUUCUAGAAAAUAUUUCCAAUUUAAACCAAGUGUUCAAAAAAGUAUGGUGGCACUAAAAUAAUUAAAUAUUGUAUGUUAUAGAGACGAGCCAGUUGAUUUUCAAAAUUUUGCAUAUUUAGCUUUUGUUUUUUACUUGUUACACAGAAGAUAAUCGAGAAAUUGUGCACUACAUGCACACCCUUAUAAUAAUAUGUUGUUAAGGGCUGGUUUUCAGUUCUAUUUUGGUACCUAGGUUUAAUUUUGUAUUUUUGAGAUAUUUGAUGUCUUAUUUUUUUGGUAUUUUUAUAAAAUAGCAUGCCAAAGAGUAUAAUUUUUGGACUAGAGUCCCCACAUUAGGAAAUAAUAUAAAUAGGUUUAGGGCUGUUCUUCAAUUGUUUUUUAAGUAUCUGUAGGGUUUGAAGAUUUUUUUCGUUUCUUUGGUAUAGGUAGUACAGGGUCUGUUCCUUAAAAUUAGUGCAUAUUCUACAACUUAAAUAAAAAAAAAAUAUUGAAAAAAAAGUUAAAUAUCAAAGUUGUAGGGUUUUAUCUUUAUCAUCUUUUGCACAUGUCAAAACGGGCAAAUGACAGCUGCCAACUGUCAUAAUGACAAACACUUGAAUUUUUCUAAUGGAGAACCCUGUAUAUUUUUAGAUAGAAUGAUAGAUUUUUUUUCUGAUUCCAAAUAUACCAUAUUAUGUUGAUAUUUGGUUCAGCUGUUUAUACGCUAUUUAAGUUUAAAAAUGCAUUACAUUACCUUAAAUAGGGUCUGUUCUCAGUUCUUUAAAUCAAGCCUGAGACAUACCUAAUGCAAUUUUGAACUUACUUAAUGCAAAAAUAGCUAAACCAAAUAUCAAUAAUAUGGUAUGUUUGGAAUCACAAGAAAAAAAUUAAUCAUUCUAGCCAAAAAUCUACAGGGUGUUUCAUUUAAAAAAUGCAAGUAUUUGUCAUUAUGAUAGUUGGCCCCUGUCAUUUGCCCAUUUUGAUAUGAGCGUAAGAUAAUAGAGGCGAAGUGCUACAACUUUUGUAUUAAGGUAACUUUUUUUCUAUUUUUUUCUUGUUUUAGUUGUAGAAGCCGCACUAAUUAUAAGGAACAGACCCUGUACAUAUUUUAUUUUUGUUUCUAAGAUAUUAAAUAUCUUAUUUUUUAGAAUAUAAGUCUUAUUAUUCUAGUUAUUAUCUGAAGUACAAAGAGAAAAUAUUUAUUUUGCACUAUAGAAUAUAUUUUUGAUUUUAUUUAUUUAUUUGUUCUACAAAAUAUUAUGUAACAACCAGCUACCGAAAAUAAAUCAUUUUUAGAAAGGAUUGUUUUUAUUUUAUUUUAGAGUACCUUAUUCCUAAAGGCGGGCACAGACAUGCGGUAUUCGGCGAAUCUUGAAUUACAAAUAUUUGCUAUUCGGCAAGAAGCGAUUAGUGUGUAUGGG